GUUGUUAAAUUCAUAUUCACCAAGGCUUGUUUCGAUUGCAUGUGAAUCGAUUGAAGCCAUUUCCCUCGGAAAAAUUCUAAAUCACCCAUGAGAAAUAUUGUCCCAAGUUGUGGGGGACGCUUUCCGUGACGUCAUUUUGGCAUAGUCACGUGACUUCACGGCGUAAUGGCGGUGAGAAUAUGCAUGUUUGAAUGAUCGCUUGGAGUACGUGAUGUUGUGAAUUUAUUAAUUGGAUUUACUUUACAACGAAAUGAUAGCGAGGGCAGACGAUGGCCGGAUUAUUUGUGCGGAAGUGUCCGUGUCUACGUCCACCGAUAGAUGAUGAUAUUCGUGUCUUGGAUUACCGUCACUGCAGCCUCACAGAUGUCCCGGGAGAAGUGUUCAACUUUGAGAGGACUUUAGAGGAAUUGUAUGCUGAUUCCAACCAAAUUAGAGAUUUGCCACGGGAACUCUUUUACUGCCACGGCCUGCGGAAGCUGAGUAUCAGUGACAAUGAGAUCAAGAGUAUUCCUCCUGCCAUCUCCAGCCUUGCCAGCCUAGAGGAACUGGACUUCAGUAAAAAUGGUAUCAUUGACGUCCCUGACAACAUCAAAGCAUGCAAGUACCUGAGAUCUAUAGAGGCCAGUGUCAACCCCCUUGGAAAGUUACCCGAGGGGUUCACACAGCUUCAGAAUCUGACAUCCCUGUUCCUCAAUGACACAUUCCUCGACUUCCUACCUGGUAGUUUUGGCAGGUUAGUCCAUCUCAAGAUCUUGGAGAUUCGGGAAAAUCACCUGAAAACCUUGCCAAACUCUUUCAGCCGGCUUGCUGAUUUGGAAAGACUUGACAUUGGCAAUAAUGAAUUUACAGAGCUGCCCGAUGUUGUGGGCAACCUGACCACUCUGCUGGAACUGUGGUGUGACAACAACCAGAUCAAGAGAGUCACCAGUAAAAUUGGCAGGUUAAAUCAACUGAUAUUCUUUGACGCAUCAAAGAACGUCAUUGAGCACUUGCCGAGGGAAAUAGAAGGCUGCGUCUCAUUGGCUGAUCUCCAUCUGACCACCAACAACCUGUCCGAACUCCCGGACUCAGUUGGGAAUUUGAACAACCUGACCACAUUGAAGGUUGAUGACAACCAGCUGACAGCACUACCCAAGACAAUUGGAGGGUUGUCGGCAUUAUCUGAGUUGAACGUCAGCGCUAACGACAUCGAGGCGCUGCCUGCUAGCAUUGGUCUGCUCCGCAAUCUGAGAACAUUCUAUGCUGAUGAAAACUUCCUGGAGUUUCUACCUGCCGAUAUCGGCAGUUGCAAUGGAAUCACAGUCCUGUCUCUACGAAGCAACAAGCUGACAUACAUCCCCGAUGAGAUUGGCCGUAUCCCACGGUUACGUGUCCUCAACCUGAGUGACAACCGUCUCCAGCAUCUGCCAUUCUCCGUCAUCAAACUGAAGGAGCUGCAGGCGUUGUGGCUGACAGAGAACCAGACACGCCCCCUGAUCCCACUGCAGUCUGACUAUGACCCAGAAACCAACAGCAACAGGAAGAUCCUCACGUGCUACCUCCUGCCCCAGACACAGCAGCAUGACGAUGAAGGUGGUGGCGGGGGUGACACAGACAGCUUCCACGCCUCCAUGUGGGACGAGGAGCGAGCACGGCGACAGCAGAUACACUUCGAGUUUGGGGACGAGGUGGAUGAGGAGGGUCACUUGUAUCGAUGCCCGACCCCUUAUCCUAAAGAAAUGCGAGAGAAAGCCAGACAUGCUCGCAAUUUGGCCAUGCGACAAACAAUGGGCGAGGAUGGCAGCCAAUGGGAGCAGGGCAUGGAGAACCUUGGUUACGAGUCGGAGGGCGGGGCCGGGAACCACCCCGAGGACAGUGGGGUGAGGAUGAGAGAGGCUCACAUCACCAAACCCUCCUCUCCUGUACUUAAGGAAACCCAUCGCCUCUAUCGAUAUGAUAAGGAGAAGCAGCAGAAGGAUAAAGCUCGCAUGCAGCAACAUCGGCAGUCGCAGGAAGUGGAGGAAGAGACCAUGUCACUACUGACGCCAAAACCUCAGAAGAAGGACAAACGAGAUGACAAUGGAGGCUUCUCACAGAGCAGACCUCAGCUUGUACGAGGUUCCGGAUCGUCACCCAAUAUUCCUGCUGAUGUGGCUGAUGGCCGUUACAAGCCAGACAUGCCCAAGUCGAAAUCCCAUUUUGGUAUUUAUGGAACGGACACUCCAUAUGUGAUGCAGAGCCAAAGCAGCCAUGGCCACCGCCAUCAUGGUUCUCGUGGGAAACAAUCCCACCGCAUGCGGGACUAUGACUCGGACACUGGUUACCGUAGUGAUCACGAGUUGUUGAAGUUUCGUAAACAGGUUCUCAGUGAUGGGAGGGGGAGUGGUCCACCCUCCGUCAGCUCAUCCACACUAUCUCACAAUCAUCGUCAUCAACAUCAUCAUCAUCAUCAUCAUCAACAGCGACCUCGACCGCGGAGGGAAGGGGGUUAUGCAAGUGAUCUCGAGGCGUAUUCAGGGAGAGGCAGGGAUUGGAGUCAGAAGUCAGCAACUCUGUCAUACCAGCAUCCCGCGCACAGUCUUCCGUAUGAUUUGCAUAAUCAGGUGAGCAAGACAAACUCAGAUAGUGCUACUGUGCCUCAUUCUCGGAGGAUCAUGAUGAAAAAUGAUGAACUGUUCAACCAGACAUCAAGUCAGGAGAGUGUGAAAAACACCACUCUGUCUCCCCUGAAACCUCUGCCCACACCGUCCCCUAGUCUGUUCCAGAGAAAUAAGUUUGUGGAUCAAAGCACACCGGUUGCUCUUGAGCCGCCAGAGAGCUUCCCACCAACUGUUCAAGAUGGCAGCAUGACGACGUCUGCUUCUGACACCAGUCAGGGCAAGGACUUCCAGCGAGAACUCUACACAGUGCUGGAAGAGCGGAUCCAGAGACAAAAUGGAGAUGUCAGCAAGUCAAUGCCUCAACAACGUCCUUCAAGUGAGCUCCAGAUGAUGAAACCCCCGUCCUUCAAACCUCCCCCACCAUACCGACGCACUCCAGAGAGGACGUCCUCUACUUCAUCAGGGGACAGGUCCUACACAGAGUCUCCCAGGCCAGGGUUGGAUUCUCCGAGGCCCAAGUUGGACUCUCCCAGAGACUGUCCAUCGCGUCUGUCUGACCCGAUAAGGCAGAUGCCCGACAACAUCAGCAGACACAAAGACUACGAGACGUGGACGUUAGACAGAACACAGAGCAGUGAGGGAAAUAGAACUCCCAAAGUGACACGGAACGUGUAUCAUGAUAAUCAGUCCGAAGGAGAUAAAAGAAAGACAGCAAGCUAUCUUAGUGAUCGUUAUGAUCUGAAAGGGACUUCUCAAGAGGAUGUUUUCUUUCGAGAUCGGCCUGGAUCGCGUGCAGAGAAAACUGACAAACUAGAUAAGCAAUUGACUAUUGAUGUUGGCAAUGUGUCUUUUCAAAGUGACCGGUCACAUCCUGUGCGCAGACAUAGUGACCCAUAUAGGGAACGGCCAAGGUCAAGGACGUUUGAACAUUCUGAUUCUCAAAGGAUGUAUGAUUCGUACACGUAUCCUGAUUGUGAACCGGAUGAAUCGUUAGUGCCGAUGAUGACAAAGUAUGAGGAUGUGGAGAAAUUCAAGACAUCAGAUCCAUCAUCGCAGGUGUCAAGCUCAACAGAUAGCGGAUACGGUCACAGUCAUCCGAUCUACGACAGAGUGGGCGACUUCUCACGACACUCAGGUCGUAGUGGAUCCCAGCCUCCUCCCUCUCCACAGGUGCAUCACUCACUGAUCCGACAAGGCAGCUCGGCAUCACGAGAUGCUUACAUGUCAGGGCAGUCAAGGGAGGGAACUCCUGUCAGAGAUGACUCAGGGUAUCCAAAGGCAGACAACUCUGUCGAUAACUCAUACCAGGAAAUUAGAGAGACAUUUCGGGUUAAAAUCACCAAAAACCCAGGUCUGGGCUUCAGUGUAGCGGGAGGUCUUGGGUCUCACGGUAACCCCUACAGACCCAAUGAUAAGGGCAUCUUCAUCACCAAGAUCCAGCCUGAAGGCCCUGCAGCCAAAACCCUUCGUCCAGGAGACAAGAUCAUGGAGGUGAAUGGCAUGGAUUUCCGCAAUGUUGAUCACAAAGAGGCUGUUUCGGUUAUGAAGAACAACACGUCGGUAGCCCUAUUGGUGGAGAGACUUCAGAAGGUCAACAUUGUAUGACGACAUUGGGAACAACGACCUCUCGUAUCAUACCAAUCCCACUCUCCGAACACUCAUGGCACAUCCACAUUGUCGGAACCGAGGUAGCCUUGAUGUAGACAUGACGAUAUAUGUCCACUGGAACAUGACUGUCAUUGUCUGUCUGGACAGCCAAAGCCUUGAUGUUUGGCAUCAUUGACCUUUCAGUGCUUGUGGAUUUGGCCCCAGGCUGUUUAUAUGUGUGGAACAAACCUAACAGUGAUGUUUUGAAUAAUGGAUGAUGUGCAUUUUGAAGAGGGGAGUGAAACACAAACCUCAGAAUGGCAAGAUCUUCAUUUACAGUGAUGAAAUAACAGGGAAGAAUUUUGUGCCAUGGUUUACAGAAACUGAUGAAUAAGUCAUGGGUAACAAGGACAGACAAUGUAUCAUUUGCUCCAAGGACAACAAAUAAACAAGCAUAAGACUUGCAUAUGUGCUUGUGGCAAUUUGCUUAGUUCAAUACAGUGAUGAAAGGAUGUUGGUACAUUCAUGACUGAGAAGGAUUUGAAUUCCUGCUGAUUUAAUUCAUAGCUCAUACAAUCUCAAUACAUUCCAUCCUCCAUUGUGAUGUGUUUUAUAGGUGUGUAUAUUGGUUGUGUGAGUAACCUCCCUGGAACUGAGGAAAUCCUGCAAAAUCAUUGGACGAUCAUGUGAGAGUGAUGAGAUUUUCUUUUAUACUUGGGGAAACGAUAUAUAGUGCAUACUUUGUUGAUAUAGUGCAUAUUUUCUCUCUCUUAUUUGUUUGCUGUUUGUCAAAAUGUUUGGCGAUAUUUAUUAUUUGUACAAACCUUGUUGAUUUAAUCUGACUCAUGGUUCAAAGAAGAAUACUACAGACAGAGUUCACCAUGCAACCAAAGGGCUGUCUGACAGGGUAUUGUGAAGGAUGAAUAGGGAAUAGUUCACUGUACGUGUCCAUCGGAUCCAGUCAAGUCAAAAUAGGAACAUAUGUUGGUAGCUAAAGUCUUGCCAACAUAGGAGACCAAAUAUUAGAAUAGGAAAGAAAACAGACUUUGGAUUGUAUGAACUGUUUCUAAAGUUGGUCAACAGGGAUUUAUCUAGACCUGCUCAGAGGCUGAAAUUUGGCCCACACAUCUACAGCAAAUUACAACAAGGAUUACCUAUUUGAAUAAAAAAGAUCCUAAUUCCUCAGAAUUUACAAAAAUAACAAUCAGAAUAUGAAAUACUUUUUUAAACAAUAUCAAAAUUAUUUUUACAAUUUGGCUGCCAAAGGCACAUAGUUUGAAAUCCCAGAUAAAUCCCUGGUCACUUUCUGCUUGUAACUUACUGGUCAAUAUGGUUAGUCUAUCCUAUAUAUGCUGUUAUACACUGACUAUUUUGUGUAGUAAUUUAAAACAAUGAAGUCAGAUUUUCUGAAAUUCAUCAAUGUUCCAGUAUUAAUAUUGAUGAGACGGCCGAUAAUUCCAUUUUUGCCAUCUGCUCAUUCAAAGACGUAUCAUGCUGUGUUCAAUGGCUGUAUGCAUCAAACCUUAUCAAAACUUGAAAAUGGCAGCAAUUUUCAUCUGAGUCCUGAAGAUCAUAUCCACUCUUGUCUUUACAUGUGUGUUAUAUUUGAGAAGUACUACCAUGUUUGUGGAUAAUAUUGUUUCAUAAUACACAGAUUGUAAUAUCACGGAAACAAGUACAUGUCAAUCAGUGUAAUUCAUCGCAAUACGUAUAUGAAUAAACAUUUCAUCUCAUUUUGUAGAUAAAAGUCUAGAUUUCAUUUGCUACUGGUUCUCCAACAUGUUGAAAGCAAUAGUAACACACUGCAUGAGCCUGUGAUAAGGCCAUCAAGUCUGUGUUACAUUAUGUAAUGUCCCUGUUAGGGCUGGGACAGGUAACUCGGGUACUCGUGUCGGGUGGUUCCUGAGUAGGAUCGGAUACCCAAAGGACUACCCGGAUCCGUGGUUAGUCACGUGAUAUUUUGUUUAAUGGUAAAAAUUGUUCGCAUUUCUUUCUAACUAUAUAUAUUUGAAUAGAUAUGAAACUUAAGUCAACUUCAGUGUUUGCAUGACCAGAUCAUUUUAUACGAGUAUCUGAAGACAUUUUGACAGAAAGUCCACAUAUACAGCCCGGGAACCCAACCCACUUUUGCCCGAACUUACCCAAGUACCCGACCCCCUAUUACCCAACCCUACCCGGUUACCUGCUGUAGAUCUCAAGAUUUGGUUCAAAAUGUCAAUUUGGGAAUUCUUUUACAAGAGCUCUGUCAAUAUUUAUUCAGAACACAAAUAAAACAAUCAGCUCAUGCAUACACUGAAUUUCACUUAAGUUUUACUUUUUACACAAACAUAUUAAAGUCAGAAGGAAUGUGUGCAUAGUCCGAUAGAAAUGUUAACAUUAUUCAGUUGUAGGGUAACAAUUGAGUUUCAUUGUUAUUGUCAUUAAACAGUUUAUCAUGUGACUAAAUACAGGUCUGGUUAGUCCUGUGGUUACCAGGGUUACCAGUCCAUUCCUGAUACUAUUUAAGAAAAAAAGCCUUUUCAUUCCCCGUUUUAAGAUUGAAAAUGUCAUUAAAUUGAAUUUUUAGAUUUGGAAUAUAACAAUACAGGUGACUGUUAUUAAUGUAGCCGCUAAAUGUGUUGAACAGUACAUCAAACAAUAUUCUGAAAUAGAGAAUAUUAGGAAAAGGUGCUCAAUUGUGCUUUAUCUUGGUUGUAUAUUAUUUGUUUCUCACUGAGUCAUAUUUAUGUGUUACUAUGUUUAUAGUGCUAUUAUCCUAACAACUCAUUUUCAGCUGGAGUAUUGAUAUGAUUUUCUAGCAUAGACGUAUCAUUACUAAACCAUCUAGGAUCUAACACAACAGUAUGAAAUAACAUGCAACAGUUAUAAGAUUUAUGACAUCAUUUUAUGAUUGUCAGACGCCAUGAUACACGUCAAUUUCUGUGCAGUUCAUUUGACUGGGAAUGAUCAGUCUUGCUUGUCACUGUGAAACAAUUAGUGUGUUCAAUUCUCUAGAUAAUGCUGCAGGAAAGUAGUAUUUAUGGGCAGGUGAUCCAUCAGUGAUGUAGAUUCCCUUAUUCAAAUUAUUUCCAAUGCUGGAUUGGCCCUUGUGUGUCAUGUUGGAUGUCGUGUUAAGCAGAGUUGGCGUAUGUUGCAUUGUGGGGAGCUGUAUUGCAAUACAUAUCACAAUACGUAGUGGGGCUGUAAAUACCAAACUUAACCCACCUGUUCAUAAUACGGACUUGUCCUACAUUGCCGAGGUCGGAUUGUAUUCAGGGAGUCAUCAUUAUUAAAAUUAAGGUAACUGAUUUUAAAGUUUAUACAUUUUAUCAACAUCCUUAAAGAGGCUGUGUACAUAAUGUUGAUAUCUCAUAUAAGAAGUAAACGACUUGUGGUCGUUGGUUAUUGUACACUAUAACAUGUCAGGGAGAACAAACCACUUGGGUCUGCGUCCCUCAUGGUGUAUUCUCCCCGCAGUGUUUUAUCGUAUGAUAAACAACGACCACAAGUCAUUUAUUUCUUAAAUAAAUGAGACUACCUAUUACAUCAUCAACAUGUGAUGUCUAAGCUUGUGAUUAGAUAGUAAACAUAAUCCAAAUGCAUCAAGAUAGGAGAUGUAAUUUAUAUUAGUAUACGUUAAUUCUGCUGCGACUAUUGAACAUAUCGAUACACAUGAGUCGUAUUGCGAUAUAUGUAUAGUUGACGUCCAUAGUGCAAUAUACCAGUAUAACGGUUAUCUUGCACACUCCUAGUGUUAAGUAUGCCUUCCAAAAGGAUACAUGGAAAAAAUAAAUCCAACAGUUCCCAUAAACAAAGUAUAUAGGACAAGUACAAGUUUUUGGUGAACAAAUAUUUUUAGAAUUCCUCUGGGGUUGGAGUAUUACAUGGAAGCUGGGUGAUCAAUGAACUCUAGGGUGGCCAUGAGGGUUGUGUGUUUGCUUGUUAUACACGAAGUCAUGGUUUUAUUUCCACUUUGAAAGUUGCAUGAUUCAGGACGUGGUGUACCCAUCUGAAACCAGCUGCGUUUAUUUCUUGCGUGAUGGUCAAACCAAUAUGAAGGAAAUAUUUCAUGUUCUCAUGUUGUGAUGCCAGAACAGUUGAAUAAUUAUGCAAAAGUCCAGAGAGUUUUUACGGCAAUCUGAAGUGAACAAAGUGUAUUUUUAUGCUGUAUGUACUAAUAUCUUCUACAUCUGUGUGUACAACUUUUGAUCUUGCAUGGACAGAUGCAUGUGUCUUUUCACAGCAUGAUCUGUGGUUGUGAUUAUUUAUAUUUAAUGCUUUUUUUACAAUUUCUAGCUCACAUUUUAUGACUGUAUAUUAAGUGUGAUUUAAUUUCAAAAAAGUGAAUUGAAUCUGUUUGAGAUAGAUAUUAAGACAUUACUUCUCAGUGUCUACAGAAUGUGUUUUUGAAUUGUAUAAACAACAGAAUAUCAGGUAACCCAAACUAAAAUUUAUUUAACUGAAAUGUUUUUCAGAUAACGAUACUGUGAAUCAAAUCCUUUAUUAUUAUUUCAAAACAAAUUAAGUGUUUCUUUUAAUUGAAUUUUCUGACA